UAGCUAAAUCUUCUACCAAACUUGUGAUAUAUUAUCUCCUGAUUCCAAGACAGACAUGUUCACUCACACACAGUCACUGAAGAUUUAACAACUUGGGCUUCAGCUUUUGAUAGGUAAGCUGCCCGCCUAUGUGGGAAAAGAUGCACCAAGCUCUCCCUGACCCCCACGUCGUUAUUCUUCUGAGGCCAAUCAGGCCACUCCAGAUGGUGUGUAGGGGUUGAACCUAGUUCUGAACAAACUUCAACAGAUGAUGGCCGUGGUGUCAGGAUUUUGCUGGGCGUCGCCCCCUUCCCCGCCGGCAGUUCCCAGGGCUGGAAGGUGCUGAGACGGAAGGAGGGACGCCCGCCCACCUGCCACCACCUGUUCCCUCCUGCCGCCCUCUGCUAUAAAUUCUCCUCGCUCAAAGCCUCCUCCAGCGUGCUCCGACAGCUACUGCAGGAGGGGGUUGGAAAAGCGUUGGUCCUAUGCGAAGCGUCGGGGAUCCCACCGUGCAGAAAAGAAAUUCGCCAGCUUUCCCAGGUUUCCCAGAGGACUCGAUUAGGCGUUUCCCGAACCAGUCACACCAACUCCUGCCCCCUUUCCUUUUCAACUCCAUGCGUGGGGGCGGGGGGGGAAGGACUUUCUUCUGGGCAUCCCAGCUGGGACAGGGGAAGAGGCGCUAGGAGGUUUCGGCGCGGGAGGACGCUGCCAACCCGGAGUCCCCGGCGCGCGGCGCGGUGCCUGCACGGCCACUAAGGACAGCCACGUCGCGGCGCGGCUCGCUCACGCCGGGCCCCGCACAGGUCGCCAGCCGGCGGGUGGGCUCGGCGCCGUGACCGCACGCCCGGGAUGAAGUCGUGCAAGGCGGGCGGCCAGGUGGCGGGCCCGUGCGGCGGCCCCGGGCGCCUGGAGAACGCGGCGCGCCGACGCCUGGCGGCCAACGCGCGCGAGCGCCGCCGCAUGCAGGGGCUCAACACCGCCUUCGACCGCCUGCGCAGGGUGGUACCCCAGUGGGGCCAGGACAAGAAGCUGUCCAAGUACGAGACCCUGCAGAUGGCGCUGAGCUACAUCAUGGCCCUCACCCACAUCCUGGCCGAGGCCGAGCGCUUCAGCUCCGAGCGCGACUGGGUCGCGCUGCACCGCGACCGUUACCUCCCGUUCGCCGGCUCCAAGCUGCCGGCCGAGAGCGAGCACUACGGACAGAGGCUUUUCGGCUUCCAGCCCGAGCCGUUCCAGAUGGCCAGUUAGGGGGCGCGGCCCCGUAGGCACGAUCCGGGUCCCCGCGGUCCGCCCCGUGGCGCGCAGCCCUCCCUCCUAGUAGGGGCUCGCGGUGGUCUGGACUUGCAGUUACUUUU